AUGUGGAUGGCACAAGAAGGAGGAGGGGCGCGCGCGCUGGGCAUUCGCGCAUGGCAUCUGUCGCGUUGGGAAUGGCGUAGUGGUUGUUGUGUCGGCGCGAAUGACAAAGAUGGUGGUGCGAAUGAUGGCAAAGGUGACGCGGAUGGUGGUGUUGGCGUUGUGGAUGGUGGCGUUGGCAUGAAAGCUGGUGGUGGUGCGAGUGCUGGUGGUGGUGCGAGUGCUGGGUGCACAAAGAUAGGCACUGGCGACGUGACACAUAUGACGUUGUUGUUGUUGCUGGGGGUAGAGUUUUCAAUGCGCGCGCGCUGUGAACGUGGAGUUGGUGGACUUGGGAAGGCGCAUUAG